AUGUCUCUCCGCAUCGCACCCGCAACCUCGCACGCCUCAUACACAGACAAUACCAUCGGCCGCCAACACAGCUCCGCCGCCAGCGCCCCCCAUCCCAGCAAAGGCGCUCCCUCUGCCCCCGGUCUGCCCGACACACUGCGCAGCAACAUCACACAACAAGCACCCCGCGGCACACCGUCCGAAAACGCCUCUACCAUCCCAUCAUCAAUCCACCCGCUCGAAGCCCGCCUCAUCGCCUGGCGCGAAACUCAAGAUACCCUGAAGAUGGAAUCCCUUCGCCGGGCCUACGGCAUGGCAGAGCCCAUUCGCCGCGGAAUGGAGCUCAAGAUUGUCCGUGACGCGAGCUUUACGCCCAUGGCUCUGGGUGGGCCCAGGCGGAAUGGUGGGAAUGUGCAUGAGGAUAUUCUGGCUCUUGGGGGACGGGAUACGGAGCUUAGCUGGGAGGAUAUUUUCCACAAUGACGAGUUCCGUGAGCCACCGGCUAUCCACGAUGAAAUGGAGAAGCGGUUGAAGAUGGACUGGUAG